AUGCCAUUGGAACAUCAUGGGUCAUGCGGGUUUCUCCGCUGCCCAGCCGAGAUCCUGAACUUGGUGUUUGGCAUGCUUUCAACAGCUGAACUCAGGACACUAGGCCUCGUCAAUAAUGAUUUAUGCGCACUUGUUGAGCCAUACCUCUAUUCCAAGAUCGAUUGGAUCUGGCGAGAAAAUCACGCUCCUCCCCCAAUCACACUACUGCUACGAACCAUUAUCAGCAAACCUCAAUUAGCUGCUCACAUCACCAGUUUCCAAUUUCAGAGCCUCUCGGCCUACCGCGGGCAGUGGAAUAGGUUUGCAGCUCAAAGGAUUCCUAUUCCUGUUGCUGAGUUAGACAAAUUCGUUGCAUUUGUCCAGGGGACAGGGGUCCCAUACAGUGACCUUUGGACAGAAGAAUUAAGAAAUGGUGCUCCAGAUGCCAUGCUUGCUCUACUCUUAGCACAACUGUCAAAUCUGAGACGUCUGUGUCUCGACUAUGUCUUCUGCCAGCGGAAUAAAAUAUUUGAGAUGCUUCUCCAGUCGGCCAUCUGCGAGCCUGGGAUGUAUAGGUUGCCCGACUUUCAGCAUCUCCGAGCUGUGUCUUUCCAUUCCUAUGACAACUCCGGCGAGCUGUACACGACGCUAAGGUCUCGAGACCAAAGUCCACUGAGUCAAUCACUCGUCCUACCGUUCUUCUACCUGCCGAACGUCCAACGCAUUGCGGCUGCAAUUGAGAACACAGGUACUUUCGCAUGGCCUGCAGCUUGCUUACCUGACCCAUCCAAACUCACCUCGAUCCAUCUGGCCGACAUACGGGAAGCAAACCUCGGCUCUGUGCUGUCCGUCACCCGCAACCUUCAAUCGCUUCGUUGGACCUGGUAUUACGAUGCUGGUGUCCACGACGCUAUUGUUGUCCCCAUCGUCAACCUUGAUGGGAUUGCGGCCGCAUUAUCCCAUGUUCGAGAUACUCUCACUGAUUUGACCAUCUUUGCCGAGGCUUCCCUGGGAGGUGGUGAUCAAUUCUACCCGGCCGUGAAGAUGGAGGGCUCUUUGCGUACGAUGGUCGAGUUUGACAAGCUCAAGAGACUUCAAAUUCCGCUGGCAUUCCUGGUAGGGUUCGCGCAAGACACCACGAAGCGGUUGCAGGAUGUUCUCCCGCGGAACAUCGAAUACGUUUCCCUCACAGACGAGUUAGAACUUCAGAAUAACGAUGGAUUUGAAACCUGGCCGAUGUAUGAAUGGCAGGACUUUGCUCUUCUGAUCUUAUUGCGGACGUGGCUGGAGGAUUGGAGGACCUACACACCCCACCUUCGAAGCGUUUCGUUGGUUUAUGAGGAAAUGGAUGAUAAUCAAGGCGAGUGGCCUCCCGAGUUAAGGCACCAGCUCACAGAGCUAGCCACCCAAGCUGGAGUACGGCUCGAGUUGGUUGAGUGGAAACGGGACUGGUGA